AUGUCAAGCAUACGAGAGAUCAGUCCGCCCUCUCAAACCAGCCCUGCCCUAAGCGAGGGCUACGAUGGGUCUGUAAGUAUGCCUGGGUCGUACUUCCCUGGAACUAGGAUUAUCUACCCUGAUGCACUAGUCGAAGCCCAUAACGCACUGUCGCAUAGAAUGGAGCAGCUCGAAAGCACUCAGAGGGAGGUAGUGACCUUGCUGCGGCAGAUUGCUGACCAAGGAGCACUUCAGCGAAGUGCAAAUCCGAAUGACAACCUCCCUGAUGAGCUUACUGGGGAACAUGCAACCCCGGGCGAUCCGGCGCGACAGACAUUCUCGUCAUCAGUCGAGGCAAGACAAGCCACCGGUCGACGCAGGCGGUCGCGAGAUACACCGCCGCGGGCUCGCCGAACCCUUUUUAGUACUCCUCUCACGGCACCCGCAAGGUUAAGUAUGCCGAGUACCGGUCGGAGGGAGGCUCGUCACAGAGACACGAGCUCGGAAGGAUUCGGACAUCAACAGGACCAUGUGCAGUGGUCGCCAUAUGUAACUAUGGCGGACUUGCAAACGCUGUUGCAAAAUGAAAAGAAUGUGCUGAUGCAGGAGGCAGCCCCUGAACCACCUUACGCACAAUCCAUCGCGCUUCUCCCUUACCCCCCGGGGUAUUUGACCCCUAAGUUUAGCAAGUUUGAUGGAAGGAAAGGGAACCCGCGAGAGCAUGUGGUACGGUUUAUUGAGGCCUUGGGGCCCUUCGGAAAUGAUCAUACUCUACGUCUUAGGGAGUUUUCAAAAACUCUCACGGAUAGGGCUUACAAGUGGUACGCGAAUUUGGAGUCUGGGUCACUUACCACUUGGAGCCAGCUGGCUACCAUCUUUCAAUCCAAAUUCUUUCAAGCAGAAGAGAGGGUGACAACCCUCUCCCUGACUAAAGAAGUCCAGGGCCCUGGGGAGGAUUUGCUCUCAUAUGUCCACAGAUUUCAUGAUCGGGCUAUGGAAUGUUAUGAAACGCAUGAAGAGGAAGCGCUGGCCAAGAUUUGCAUACAAGGCAUGCAGGGGUCUUACCGCAUUCACCUCAUUAAUCUGAAGCUCCUCACCUUUGCUGACUUAAUUGAGGCAUUUCGAAACUUGGCAAGCAAUCUUGCUAUUUGUGCGCAGGGUGCUGCGCAAGAAAAGUAUCGGGGUAAACGUAGACCCCAAGUCUCGGCCGCAGACGAGCCCCCCGGAAAGAAGAACGCGAGACCAUCCCGGGCCCCUCGAGCAAAGAAUCCGGAUGAAGCGCCUCCCCCGUUCCCAUGUACCCCUGAAGAGGUGGAAACCGUCAUCAAGAAAUGGAUCCAGCACGGAGACAUCAGGCUGCCAGAGGUCGCUCAUGAGCCCACCACGGAAGAAAUGGCCCACCCCAAGUACUGCAUGUAUCAUCGGCAUACUCGUCAUCUUACUUAUGAUUGCUGGGCGUUGCGGAAUACCUUUCACAGACGAAUUGCUAACGGUGAACUCAUUCUUCCCCCCAGAGAUGUGAGGGAAGAGCCUUUCCCUGCGCAUGACCGUGGAGUGGCAAUGAUGGUGUCCGACAUGGAGACCGAAAUGGAAGGGACCAAGGGUGGUGCGGCCGAGAUCGCGCUAGUGCAGGGAGAUGACCUCGAGGCCUUUCACUUGUUAGAAGUGGCUCCUGUCGAGAAUAUUCUCCAAAAGAUGGAUUUUUCUCCUUUUGCCCAGAAGGAAAUAGCAAAAUUUCUGUGGCUAGCAGCGAAGGAGGGUGUCAAGGAGGUGGCGUCUAUCGCGUCACUCCCUGUAUCACAAAGGUCAACUGGGUCAGCUUUGGUCUUUACAGAGGAAGACAAAUGUGCCCCUACUCCUCACAACAGGCCAUUGUACAUCACGUCUUCGCUCAAUGGGGUCGAGCUCAAGCGGGCGUUUCUGGAUAAUGGUUCGUCCUUCAAUAUCAUGCCUCUGGAAGUCUUUCGUCGCAGUGGUCUACUGGACGAGAAACUUAUCCGAAGGCCAAUAGAGAUCGCCAGGUUUGGAAGUGAUAUUCGAAUAACUGAAGGGCACGUGACGGCCGAGUUGGCCAUUGGGAAGUUUAAAAGUUCGGUGAAAUUUCACGUCAUUGAUUUGGAUACCUCUUACCACUUGCUCAUGGGUCAAAGUUGGAUACACAAGUUCGGGAUUGUACUAUCCUCGUAUCACCAAUGCAUGAAGGGGUUCUGGAACGGGAAACAGGUGAUGGUCCGCUGCUCUGAUCGACUAUUUACUAAAAGAGAGUCUCACAUGGUAGAGGUUGGAUUCUUUAACAAGUUAGAAGAUGCAGAGGAACCACAACCAUUAAGGGCCUUUCCUCUACCGAAGUGGGAGGAUGUUGACCAACAAAAGGAGGAGAAAAUGCCAGGAGCGGCUACUAGCCGGAGGAAGCCAGCUGUCUGCAAAAGGAUAUGUUUGGCCGACGGGAGAGUGGCAUACCGCUUAUGA